UACUGGAGAAGUGUCGCCGCGGAGACUCUUUAAUGGAAACGUCAGAGCUCAAGCCUGUUGUGUGUUUUAUUUUGAUUUGAGUGACAAAAGUUCCAUUAUCCCUGCGUUUCCUGCCACAAGAUGAGUAGCACAUCGGAGAAGAAUGAAUACCCGAGGGCAUCAAACACUCUCGUCUUGGGAGCUCUACUCUCCUACGUGGCCAGCGUCUUUUUGAUGAUGUCCUUCUGUUCUCCGUAUUGGAUUGAGUCCUACGAGGAAUCCUUCAGCAAUUUCAAGAACAUGGGACUCUGGGAGUACUGUUUCCGGGAUUUUAGCUACCCCUACUACCAGUUUCCUCGUCUCUUUGACGGCUGCCACCACAUCUUUAGCCAUGAGUACUACGUCAUCCGGGAGUGGCUGCUACCGGGAUGGCUAAUGAUUGUUCAAUUCUUUGUUACAAUUGCCUUCCUUUUAACUUUCGGAGCUUUAGCCAUUAUGGCAUUGGAACUCAUUCGCUGGCCUCUCAAGUUUGUUCUCCGCUACGAGUGGCUUCUCACCCGGAUCUCCUUCAUUUGUAUUGCCAUCUCAUCCGUAUGCCUCUUCCUUGCCACAGCAAUCUUCGGUGGCAAUGCCUAUCGUCGCGAUUGGCUGCUCUAUCCCAAGUUCAACGUUCUCUCUUGGUCCUAUGCACUAGCUGUAGUUGCUUUCAUGAUUCUUGGUGUGGCUGCUCUUGUCCUUUUCGGUGAAUCUAGACGAUCCUACGAAUUGCGUCGUGAAGCAAAGAAUCUCGUCAUGCAGAUGCAAAUGCAAGAACCAGGAUUCCAUCCGCACCACCACAGAAGUCUCCAGGGAUACAUCUAGGAUGGUCCUCAUUCUUCCACCAUCACAAAACAUACUUCCUCUUCACUUCACUGAUAAAUCUCAAAAAUGAGACGACAUCUGUGGCCGCUGCACCCCAAACGAUCUUGAAUCUCACUAAUUUUUGGCAUUUUUUUUUAUAUUGAGUUUAGGCGCAUAUAGCGAAUCUCGUUGACAUGCGCUCUACUACAAUAAUAAUUAUAAAAAAAUAUAUAUUUAGAACAUAACAUUCGAAAGAAUGUGUAUUAUGUACAUGAAAGUCUAAUUAGAGCAAUGUAGUUGGAACUAUUGGAGAAAACUGAGAGUUUUCAUCCAUUCAUUUCACUUAAAAAAAAACAGGACUUUCCUACAGAGCUUCAACAUUUCCGUCCAAAAUAAAUUCACUUAAUGUGAAUUUAAUCUCAUGUAUUGUCGUUUUUAUACGAAAUUGUGUCUUAUUUUAACUAUAUAGUAUUAGAUUUUUCGAAAGACAUUUUUGUAUAUGGAUACAAAAAGAGAAAGAAACGAAUAAUAAAAAUGUUUGUCUACAACA